UGAUUAGUACUGGCUGCCGGGCAGAGGGGGAAAAAAAACAGAAAAAAAUAAAAACAGAAAUAUGGCGGCUGAGAUUCAUUCCAGGCCCCAGAGCUCAAGACCUGUCCUUUUAAACAAGAUUGAAGGCCACCAGGACGCGGUCAAUGUGGCCGUCCUGAUCCCGAAGGAAGAUGGGGUGAUCACGGUUAGCGAGGACAGAACAAUACGAGUGUGGCUGAAGAGAGACAGUGGACAGUACUGGCCAAGCAUCUACCAUACGGUCUCAUCACCAUGUUCAUCAAUGUCAUAUCACCACGAAAGCAAACGCAUAUUUGUAGGACAGGAUAAUGGAGCAAUAGUGGAAUUUGUUAUUGCUGAAGACUUUAACAAGAUGACUUUUGUCAAAACUUACCCAGCUCAUCAGAACCGGGUUUCUGGGAUCAUGUUUUCUCCAGAGAGCGAGUGGGUGAUCAGCUCUGGUCACGACAAGUGUGUGAGCUGGAUGUGCACAAGAAGUGGCAGCAUGCUGGGUCGACACUACUUCAGCUCCUGGGCCUCCUGCCUGCAAUACGACAAUGAAACACAACAUGCCUUCGUAGGAGACUACUCUGGGCAGAUCACACUACUGAAGCUGGCACAGAACACCUACUCUGUCAUUACUACACUGAAGGGACAUGAAGGCAGUGUCGGGGCUCUGUGGUGGGACCCCACCCAGCGGUUACUCUUCUCUGGGGCCAGUGACCACAGCAUUAUCAUGUGGGACAUCGGCGGAAGGAAAGGAAGAUCCCUGCUGCUCCAGGGUCAUCAUGACCGCGUGCAGGCGCUGUGUUAUCUGCAGCUGGCCAGGCAGCUGCUGUCCUGUGCUGCUGACGGAGGCAUCACCGUGUGGAACAUGGACACCAGCAGAGAGGAGGCUCCGCAGUGGCAGGAGAGCGAUUCCUGUCAGAAGUGUGAGCAGCCCUUCUUCUGGAACCUCAAACAGAUGUGGGACACAAAGACCUUAGGGCUCCGGCAGCACCACUGCAGGAAGUGUGGGAAAGCGAUAUGUGGGAAAUGCAGCUCUAAGCGUUCCACCUACCCCGUCAUGGGCUUCGAGUUCCAGGUGCGCGUCUGUGACGACUGCUACGAGAGCAUCAAAGACGAGGAUCGAACGUCUUUGGCAACUUUCCACGAGGGCAAGCACAACAUCAGCUGCAUGAACAUGGAUAUCUCCAGGGGCCUGAUGGUGACCUGUGGCAGCGACAGAGUUGUGAAGAUCUGGGACAUGACGCAAGUCGUCGGCUGCAGCAUAGCAACAGGUUUCUCUCCGCGCUGAGAGCCGUCUCCCGCUGUCGCACCUCGGACCGCCGGCACUGCCGUACUGCUGCAUCCCUUGCUCCUUCUUUUCUUUUUCCGGAUCGCUCCGACAUUUCCCCAGGAUCCUGCACAGAGUGACGCACACACACACAAAUAAACUGUCCGGGGGGGGGUGUUGAAACAUUCAUAGCAAAACGUGAUCGAGACCUGCUGUACCUGUCUGUAUACCUCACUUUAAUGUCCGAGGUGCGGAAAGAAAUGUACUCUAUUUCAUUCGUAAGCCAAUCCAAGAUGCCGUCAGUGUCGUUAGAAUGAAGUUGCCUUGGCAUGCAUUGAUUCUACCAAAUAAUUCAGAAGCAGAUUGUUAAUGAAAUGCCCGUGUUUCAUUUUGGUUAAGGAGGGAGUCUCUUGUGGUACAAUACUUGGAGUUAUCAAUGAUUGCCAAGGUAUUUUUUUAAACCAGAUUGGUCUAAGAAUAAUGUGAUUUUGCACUAACAGACUUUCUCAAUGCAGCUGGAACUCGGCAGCUUAUUAAAAUUGGAGUCGUCGAAGAGCUUGAAGGUGUUCGUUUCCUACGUUGGGUCCUAGAAGAAACGCUGAUGUUGAAUAACUCAGUGCCAGCAUCUCGCGAUGUCAUCUGCUCUCAAUGCUCAACUGUUCAGUUUCCCUCUGUGUGCUUUUUGUGUAGAAAUGUACUAGUACUGCCUCUUUUUCUUCACUAGCUGGCCUUACAGUUAACUAAGUCAUGAACUUUUGCCUCAGUUGAAGCAAAUGUCCUACGAGUGUUUAUUUGUGUAGAAGAUUAUACUGUAUGCUCACAUACUGCAGUUGUCGGAAUUUAGGAACAGUACUGAUAUAAAUUGUGCCAUGGGAAUUUUCUUGAACACUCAAGGUUUCAUUUUCUCUUUAGGAAACGGUUCAAAAGUUUAAAAGCUUCUUUGUAAAUGUAAGGUGGAUUUUUCCCAGGCAAUUGUUGGAUUUGAAGGAGAAGAAUUAUCUGACAUUUCAUGUGCCUAAAUGUGUGACUUCAUUUUGGUACACUACAGUACCAUACAGAGUUCAGCAAGAGAACGUCAUAGUGUAUGCAAAUACGAAAGAUUAAAGGUUACUGGCUGAAGAUUUAGCACUUUUUCCUAGGUUCCUUAGGUACAAUGUGAAGUUUAAGAAAUCUAAGAAUAAAAUGAAGCAUUUCUGGCUGUACAUGUACACCAAGUUGUUUACUCAUUAUGACUCAUUCUAGUUUUAAGAACAUGUAAAUUCAUCCUGCUUGACCCAGCUUGACGGUUUCAUAAGGAAGCAGUGACCUUUUCACUGGCCAUGAGUUAAAGCCCGUCUAAAUAAACGAUAGACUGUUUGGGUGGAAAUCAAAAGAACCACUGCUUCCUCGCACUGAAUUGCACAUUUUUGAGAGUUAAAUCUUAACAAAACCACUUUUGGAAUUGUUUCAUUUUAGGUGAAGACUUGGGGCUUUUCUGGGUGCUGUAUAUUUCCUUUCAGUAGGUUCAGCAUAAAGAUUUAUGUCAUUCUGAGGUCAUUAUAUUUGUAUUCAAGACUGCAUCCAUCCUGUGGUAUUGCUGAAUAGAACUUCCACAUUUGAAUAUACUCUCUUAAAUAUAAUCAGAAUAGUUAUAGACUGGAUUUUACAUUUAAUAUUUAGGUGGAAGUUUUAUGUUCACUUAACUUGGAUAGAUAGUAUUACAAGUUGUGCUUAAUAGGUUUGCAGCAGUGCAGGAGCUAAAGGUAAGUUGGGAAGGAAUAGUCAAAAUACCAAAUUUCUGCAGUCCAUUCAGAUCACCAGGAACACCCCCUCUUAUUCUAUAAACUACAGAGGGAAUAUCACAACCGCUGUGUUUUCUGGUCAUGACACAACUUCUUCAUGUUUGUAGAUCCUAAGUGAUUUAUCUGUGAAAGACACUUAAUAAAUGUAUUUUUCUAAUAUUUCACAAUUUGUUAACCAUUAACCCCAGCACUAGCAAGAUUUGGUCUCAAUAGUUUGAGAAGACGUUUACAUGACAGUAUUAGGUUGUUAUACAUGUUUGUGAAUACUUUCGUAUUUGUCUUGUCCUUUCCUUCUGAGCCUUGCUAUAGUGACCUGUAAAAUCAAGUUACCUUUUUUGAAGCCUGCACUAUAAUGUAAACUGAACUGCUCCCUGUAAUAUUAGCUUUGGGAAUCUGCCAUUAUGCUUUAGGACUGCUCUUAAGGUUAUCUUUCUAAAAUAGUUUUCAUACUAACAUUAUUUACCAUGCUGGAAAGAGAUGUCUUCACAUACAAGGUGGAAGAGUAAAAGAGGUCUGGAUUGAGAAACAGAGAUAUUUAUUAUUGUGAGAUUGUAUUUUAUAGAAAACCAAUGGGGAGAUAAUGAUCCAUGGCUGGGGACAUUAACGUGUUUUAUUCCAAUCUAGUGUCAAACAACUAGUAACUCUGGCUAGAAAAGGUAUGACUGAGUCAAAUCCAAGUAGUGCCCACCUUUUAAAUAAGAGGCAUCUUAAGCUUGAUUCUUUUACUUUAAGGUGCUUCAAGCAGGAUGCUAACUCAUGAAGGUUUAACAAUUUGAUGUUUGCCUGAACUGCAAAAACAGACUUCUUUCUGUCACCUUGUAGAUCCCGGUUGUAAGAAUCAAUUUUCUCAUUUUUAAGGUUUCAUUUUUAUGUAUUCCAUGUAAUUUGUAAUGAAAUUUGCAGUCACACUUGAACUGUAUCUAUUGUAUUUUUAAAGAGCACUUGACAAUGUUGUUAAAUCCUGAUAGUUCUCACCUGACAUAAUGUCAGAGUGAAAGCAUACCUAAUAAACUUACAUAACACUCUU